AUGUCACCACGUCUCAAAAUAUCAAAAUAUGUUGUUGAGAGGUUGUCUCGUAUAGACACUAAUGAAAGUACAGGAUGUUUGUUCGGUCUUAUGUACGAUGGUAUACUACUGGUCGUAGGACUGAGCUUAGAAUUAUUUGAAAAUGAGAAAAACUCUUAUAACCAACUGUUGCUUAAUCUUCCCGCCGAGAUCGAGCUAUGCGGCGUUAUAAAGUUUAACGAGUCUUUGGCUAUUGAAAAUAAAACAAAGGAAAUCUUGCAGGAUGUAGAUAUAACCGAUAAUCCACUUGUAAUAACAAUCAGCAAAGAGAAAGAUAUAAAAGCACAUUUUUUAGUACAUGAUAAGUUUGAAGAGACAAAUUAUGAAAUUAUGGAAAUAGAAGAGUUAUGGAAACAAUUUCUUCAUGUACGUUUAAAUACUGUGCUACCUCUUACCUGUGAAGCAACUAUAGCUGGAGUUAAGAAUAUCCUUCAAAAUAAAAGAAAAAAGAUAGCUUCUGGCCAAGUGUCUUUCCAUUUAGAUGGUACAAUGGUGUAUUUGUUUGGAAUUGCAUCCGAUGUUGGUGUGACUGGCACAAGUACUGAGGCCAAUAUUGGGGAAUUGUUAGACUCUUUAAGCCCAGAACAACCAUCAAAAAAGAAAAAAAUCAAUAUUCAUUCCUUGGACAUAGUUCAAGUCAAUUUAGUUAUGAAAACUACUAGGGAUAUUCUAUCCGACAAGCUAGUUAAAACUGCUGUUAAAAUGAUGACAACUCAAAGAAAACCUGCAUUCUGCAUCAGUAUGCCAUUGAAAAUAGACACAUUAGCCAUGAUACACCGCAACACUAAGUUAUCUGAAUUGUACACAGUAUUAGUAGAAGCAGCAUGCCGCUCUCUUAGGCUAUUAGAAAGUGUCUUGCUUGAGCAACUGGGUCAAGAAGGCAUUGGUGAUGGGGCUGGUUUACGUUUGCCUGAAACAUUCCACUAUUUACCCCAAGAAUUGGGUCACUUUCUCACAAGAGUUGUGCCUAAAGACAUACCUGAUGAAAGUAUGGAAAAAGAAAGAAAGGCAUUGCAUGAACAGCUUGCUCUGCCUUUGGACAGGCCCUUUUUCCGAAGAGGAAAUGCAUACACAAAUAAUCCAGGGCGAUUAGUUAAUCCUCAUGAGUCUAUGCCGCUGCCAUCCACUUCACCUGAUAUUACAGUAGCUUUAGUAAGGGGCCGAUACACUUACCACCAUUACAUGCAGGACAAUUUCAAUGAUGAUGGAUGGGGCUGUGCCUAUCGCUCAAUGCAAACAAUAUUCUCAUGGUUUAGGUACCAAGGUUACAGUACAAGCAGUAUACCCACUCACAAAGAAAUCCAACAGUGCCUUGUUAGAAUUGGUGACAAGCCAUCAUCAUUUGUAGGCUCUAAGCAAUGGAUUGGAUCCACUGAAGUGAUGUUUUGUCUGGAAACUCUCCUUGGUGUCUCGUCAAGAAUUAUAUUCGCUAACACUGGUGCGGAGUUGCAGAGUUACACACCUGAGUUGGUUCAUCAUUUCCAAAAGCAUGGAAGCCCUAUUAUGAUUGGUGGCGGAGUGUUGGCGCAUACAAUUAUCGGCGUUGAAUACAAAGCGGAGAAAAAUGAAACGCGUUAUCUCAUUCUGGACCCACAUUAUACGGGGGCUGAUGAAAUAGCGACAGUUUUAAAUAAGGGCUGGUGCGGAUGGAAAAAUUCCGAUUUCUGGAACAAAACUGCUCAUUACAAUCUUUGUUUGCCACAAACCAGACCUUGCGUU